AUGCAACUUUCAUGGAAGGAUAUCCCAAGUGUUGCUAAUGCCAAUGAUAUGUUGGAUAUAGUUCUUAACAGAACUCAAAGAAAAACUCCUACAGUCAUCAGACCAGGGUUUAAAAUCACUAGAAUUAGGGCUUUCUAUAUGAGAAAGGUCAAAUUUACUGCUGAAGGUUUCACUGAAAAGUUUAAUGAUUUAUUACAAGGAUUUCCUAAUAUUAAUGAUGUCCAUCCAUUCCACAGAGAUUUAAUGGAUACCUUAUAUGAAAAGAAUCAUUAUAAAAUCUCCUUAGCAGCUAUUUCUAAAGCCAAAACCUUAAUCGAACAAGUUUCAAGAGAUUAUAACAGAUUAUUAAAAUUUGGUCAAUCUUUAUACCAAUGUAAACAAUUAAAAAGAGCCGCUUUAGGUAGAAUGGCCACUAUUGUCAAGAAAUUAAAAGAUCCUUUGACUUAUUUAGAACAAGUUAGACAACAUUUAGGAAGAUUACCAAGUAUUGAUCCAAACACUAGAACUUUAUUAAUUUGUGGUUAUCCUAAUGUUGGUAAAUCAUCAUUCUUGAAAUGUAUUACUAAAGCUGAAGUUGAAGUUCAACCUUAUGCUUUCACCACUAAAUCAUUAUAUGUUGGACAUUUUGAUUAUAAAUAUUUAAGAUUCCAGGCUAUUGAUACUCCAGGUAUUUUAGACAGACCAACUGAAGAAAUGAACAAUAUCGAAAUGCAAUCCAUUUAUGCUAUUGCUCAUUUAAGAUCAUGUGUUUUAUACUUUAUGGAUUUGAGUGAACAAUGUGGAUUUUCAAUUGAAGCUCAAGUUAAAUUAUUCCAUUCUAUUAAACCUUUAUUCGCUAAUAAAUCUGUUAUGAUUGUUAUGAAUAAAAGUGAUAUCAUUAAAUAUGAAGAUUUAGAUGAAUCUAAACAAGAAAGUUUAAAAUCUUUAUACGAUUUAAAAAAUAUUGAAAUCAUGAACACUUCAUGUGUUGAAGAAGAAAAUGUUAUGCAAGUUAGAAAUCAAGCUUGUGAAAAAUUAUUAGCUUCAAGAAUUGAACAAAAAUUGAAGGGUGCUUCAAGAAUUAAUAAUGUAUUGAACAAAAUUCAUUUUGCUAAACCUCAAUCUAGAGAUGAUGUUGAAAGACCUGCUCAUAUACCUGAAGGUGUUCAAACCUUAGAAAAAUAUGACCCAUUGGAUCCUAAUAGAAGAAAAUUAGCUAAAGAUAUCGAACUUGAAAAUGGUGGUGCUGGUGUUUAUAACAUCAAUUUGAAAGAAAAAUACUUAUUGGAUGAUGAUGAAUGGAAGAAUGAUAUUAUGCCAGAAGUUUUGGAUGGUAAGAACAUUUAUGAUUUCUUAGAUGCUGAUAUCGCAGCUAAAUUAAAAGCAUUGGAAGAAGAAGAAGAAAAAUUAGAAAAUGAAGGAUUCUAUGAUUCUGAUGAAGAUUUAGAACCUGAAGAUGCUGAUGAUAUUAGAGAAAAAGCUCAAUGGAUCAGAAAUAAACAAAAAGUAAUGAUUGAAGAAGGUAGAAAUAGAAAACAUAUGCAAAAUAGAGCUAUUAUGCCAAGAGAUCAAGUUAAAAGAUCAUUUGAUGAUAUGGAAGAACAUAUGUAUUCAUUAGGUCACGAUACUUCUACUUUAAAACAAAAACAACAAUUAUCUGCUAAACCAGUUAAGAAUGCUAAAGGUUUAGAUAUCUUGAAGAAAACUACUGACAUUGAUAUUGAUGAACAUAUCAAGAAGAGAAAGAGACCAAAUAAACAAAGUGAUAGACUUAAUGAUGGUUUAAUUGAUGAAGAUCAACAAGAAAAGACUGAUAGAUUAACUAAGGUCCAAAGAAGAGAUAGAAAUAGAGAUGCUAAAGUUGGUGAAGGUGAUAGACACAUCAUGACAAUGAUGCCAAAACAUUUAUUCUCUGGUAAGCGUGGUAUUGGUAAAGCUGAUCGUCGUUAA